AUGAAGGCUGAGAAGUAUCCAGACGCAUGGAAUAACAAUUAUCUUAAAGACAAAGGUUACUGGCUUUCUUACUCGGGCGACAGAUAUUACGUGUAUACCGAUUAUUAUGACGACGGAGACGAUGCCGUUGACAUCAUUGGUAUUGACACUUACAACAAUAUCAUCUCAGUGUACGCCUCAUAUAAUGGCUGGGAAGAACGAGAGGAUGAAGACAGGCUGAAACUGCGCGAUAUUCAAAUGGAGCUAUGGGAUAUACAGCCAGACGUCAAGCGGGCAGAUCUCGAGGCCAUCCGUCGCAUUGGUAUCGUGAAUAAGCCAACUGUCAGGCAAAUUGAAAAGGUGUACGCGGCUGUCGGGAAAGCGAAGGACCAAACAUUGAUUUUCGACUCUGACGACACGAACGACGAAGAAGAGUGGGCGCUGCUUGCAAACACGCCAUUUUAUGGCGGAACGAAGAAGCUUUUGGAUGAGUACAAAGUCGGGAAGAGCAUCGCUCGAAUCAUUAUCAGGCCCACAACUCAGGUUUUCGGAGACCAUGACAUGGAGUUUAGGUUUAGUCAGGCUCAUCCGUCCUUAGCGUGGUCCAUGAAGAAAUGA